GAGGAAUUGUGGGGGAUGAGGCUCAAGGCGGGAGAUGGUGUGGUCGAUGAGCUGAUGACUUGGAGCACCGUUUGGUUGCCUUCAUGUUGGGACGUUGAGUUCGUUGAGAAAAAUUAUGAAGUUUUGUAUAAUGAUGUUUUGUGGGACGAUGAUCUUUGGAAUUUGAACACUUCUUCCACUCAGCUUCCUCCUUUAGAUAACAUAAGACAAGAUUGAACGUUUU